GGGGAGGGGGAGGCACAUCCACACAUGUAUUGUACUAACUAUGCCUCCGCUGCUUGGACCCGCUUAUCUUAUCGAAAGCUCUUAUCGAUAAGCGUCCAGUCCAGCCAAGCUUUGCGACGACAUCAUGACGAUCAUCGUCAUCCCCCUCUUCGUCUUCUACAGCCACAGCAUCCUCCUCUCUCUUUUGACAUUUUGAAAACCCACCACUUGCCAUUCACCUCUACACUCUAGCAGCAAAACCCCGUUUUCAACCAUCCAAAAUGGCCUCAGCCCUCAAAACCGCCCUCCUCGACGAACUCGCGCACCUGCGCACCAUCGCCCACGACCUCCUCUUCUCCGGCACAUACAUCUACCCAAUAAAGGGGAUACUCUACACCCUCCACCACAAAUCCCUCUGGCAACCCCUGCUCUCGCGCUCGGCGAAGACCCUAACCCUCGGCCUGGGCAUCACCACCACAAUGUUCUUCUUCACCUACCUCCCACAAGCCGCCUUGCUCACCUUCACCGCCGGACCCUUCCUCGCCCCGUUCUCGGCGGCCCUGCUCGUCCUCUCCGAGUCCUCCACCAUCACCACCUUCCUGGCGCGCUCCUUCCUCCUCGCCGACGCCAUGGCAGAGACCUUUGACGCGACCUUGCUGGAAAGAGGGGAGGAUGCGCUGGUGGCAAGGGAGAGGGCCGUUACGGCCGUCCCGGGCGGCAGCAGCAGCGAUAAAGGAGGAGCGGGGACAGGGGCAGGGGGGAGACUGGGCGGACGGCUCAAGCAUCCGAUUGAGAAGCUCUCGCCGCAGGUGCUGGUGCGGUCGUUGUUGUAUCUGCCGCUGAAUUUUGUGCCCGUGGUGGGUACGAUUGCGUAUGUGUAUUUGCAGGGAAAGCGCGUCGGCCCGGUGGCGCAUGGACGGUAUUUCCAGUUGAAGGGGUGGGGGAGGAAGGAGAGGGAGGCGUGGGUGGAGGGGCAGGGACGGAGGGGGGCGUAUACUGCGUUCGGGAUGACUGCAUUUGCGUUGGAGAUGAUCCCGUUCGCUUCUAUCGUUAUGGCUUUCACGAAUACGGUCGGUGCGGCGCUGUGGGCUGCGGAUAUGGAGAAGGCUACACGGUGAAUUUGCACAGGUUUCUUGCUGAGAUGGUAGUGAACGGGACUGAGUUAAGAUGUGGAGUUGCUAUUAUGGGUUGGGCAAUCUGAUUGCGUCGUGUACAGUAGGAGUCUUCCAGGUUUGUGGUUUGCACAGGGCACUAACUUUUCCCUCAAAUUUGCGAAUGUAAUCUGCUAGGUGUAGAUAAACUAUUCUGCCAACUCAUGCUCGGCCAGACACUCCUCCAGAAGCUCCAACAUCAAAGGAAUCAUCUCCCCCCGUCGGAUGGCUCGAUAGAUCACCGCCGUGUAGGAGCCCACCGUCGGGGCCUCCCGUCGCUGCCCCGUCUGCAUUGCUUCGGCCGUGGGCGUCAGGAUCUGAGCUGUGCACAGGAACGGCACCCCCAGCGUACGACGCACAAACGC